GUCGUCAAGAAGAGGUCCUUCUGGAAACAGAAGAUCUUUUCCAUCUUCGUUCAGCUUGAUGAAAUACCAAUAUCCUCAAGUCUUUAAGAGCUUUAUAGUUCAACUUGUAAAGUCUUUGAGCAACGAUGAUCGUGCAGCUUUUAGCUUUUUAUGUUUGGGUUAUAUUCCUGAUUCGAUUUUAGGUGGCGACAUGGCUAUUGAUGCUGAGUUAUUUAAGGUAAUCAGGUCUCUUCUAAAUGCACAGGAAUUAUCUUCCACCAACAUGUCACUGUUAAAGGAUAUCCUUAAAGAUAUAGGCCGUAUCGAUUUGUUGCAAGAGCUGGAAAAAGUGGAAUUAAAAAUCUCAAUUGGGGUUGUUUUGGAAAAUUACGUGAGGUUUAAAUCUGUCGAUGGCUUUCGCCGUGACACUGAGACGAAGCCUCCUGAUAACCUCAGCGAUGUUCUGGAACAUUUACUUACCACCAAACAAAAUAACCAGGAGAUGAUAUCGCAACUUCUUGAACCGCUAAGGCAAAUUAGUGACUGUCAUCAGAUACUACACGCGUUCAUUCAUGAAACUCCGCCGUCUUGGUCAGAGUUUACAGUCUUACUGGUUGUCAUUUGUGAGUUAUAUGCUGCUUGUACCCCAAAUUCAAGAGAUGUGGAGUUUUUGGAAGAUGGUUAUUAUGUGUGUUGGUUCACCAAAACCGAAACAUGCAAGUUAUUAUCAGAUUGGAUGUUUACAAAUGGUGGUUUGAAAACAUACAAAGAAUUCGUCAAGGAGAAGAAAGGAGCAGCCAUUAGUGAAUCUGUGUUAUUCUCCAUGAAAGAAUCUGUUGGUGAAAAUAUCAAGCUACUCAGAAAACGGGUCGAUCUAUAA